AUGCUCAAAAAUGAGGGGAAGCAUGACAUGCUUAUGGUAAAAAAGGGAAAACCAUUCAAGCGAUCAGGCAAGAAGAAAGGCUAUAAGGGGAAGGGUAAGAAGACCUUUUCGCCUAAGCCAAAAGCUACCAAAGGCGACAAGAAAAAGAAGAUAGUCUCUUUUCCGUCCGACUCCGAAUGCUUCUACUGCAAAAAGAAAGGGCAUUGGAAACGGUACUGCCUCAAGCUCAAGGAGGAUAAGAAGAACGACACUGUUGCUUCUAGAUCAAGUAUAUACGUUAUAGACCUUAACAUUGCUAGAAAUGCUUCAUGGGUAUUUGAUACCAAAUGUGGCUCACACCUAUGUUCCAAUUCUCAGGGACUAAGGAAAAGUAGAAAUCUAGCGAAGGGACAAGUUCAGCUUCAGGUAAACAAUGGAGCAAGGAUUGCUGCCGUAUCUGUAGGAACACUCGGUUUGUCUUUGCCCUCGGGCCUUUUUUUAGAACUAGAUGAAUGUUAUCAUGUUCCAAACAUUACCAAAAACAGUAUUUCAAUUUCAGCGUUGGAUGCCAAGGGUUUUUGA